AUGCUGGCGGCCGCCGUACACGAGUCGGCGCUUACCGGCGCCUUUCUGUUACCGGAACGAAUGGAUCAGUUCGAAAUUGAAGCCAGGAUUCGCAAAGCGAAGGCCGAAUGUCAAACGGUAUUUGUCCACAACGAUUGUCUGUUCAUCGACUACCAGUACGUGUGUUCGAUGCCUUUCGACUUGCUCGAGUGCCAAAUGCAGGUGAGAAACGCUCCUCCAAGUCUGGACGGUUGCUUCGCUGCAAACGGCGUUAAUAAGCUUGCGCCGGUUCCGCCGAUACUCGGCACAUCUGCAAGCGCUCGAUCGUCGCUCAUCACGCUGGCAAUCGGUGCGGGCAAUGGCCAAGCCCAUCGGCAACAAAAGAGUUACGAGUCGUUGUUAAUCACCGUUGGUGGUUGUUGCAACGUGGCGCAGCGAAACAGUGGUAUCAUCAUCGACGAAACGGAAACGAAAAAUGCAUGA